AUGUCGCGCAUAGCGGCCACUCGAUCGAUAGUCGUCUUCGUCGUCGUCGUCGUCUCCUCCCUCUGCGUACUCUCCCUCGCCCGCCGCACCAUCGACCCACUCCCCAGCGACGCCGAGGGCUCCGCCUCCUCGCUCCAAGCCCUCGCCUCCCCCACCCUCCUCCUCCUCCUCCCCCGCGGCGAAUCCGAUCCCUCCGUCGCCGAUCAGGAUCCGGACAAGCGCGCGGAUCUCGAGGCGGCCAAGCCUCUACCGCCGGCGGCGGAGGAUGAUGAUCCCACCGCCGUCGCCGUCGCCGAUCGCCGUCUCCGGCCAUCCUCGCUCUCGUGCCUCCUCGGCGGGUGCGGGGACGAAGAGAUCGAGGCCCCGCGGCGCGGCGGCUGCGGCGUAGACGCGGCCGCGCUCCCGGCGGCGGAGGAAGAGGAGGAGGAGGCGGAGCGCGCGGUGGCGGGGGCGAAGGCGAAUCGGAGGUCGGCGGAGGUGAUGGGGCGGAUUCCGAAGGAGGAGGAUGGAGCGAAGGAAAAGGAGGGAGAGAGAGCGAAGAAGAAGCCGUGGGAUUCGGACUCGGACUCGGACUCGGACUCGGACUCGGAUUCGGAUUCGGAUGAUGAUGAGGAGGAAGAGGACGAAGUGGAAGGGGAAGGGAGAAGGAAGAAGAAGGAGAAGAAGGGGAAAGGCGGUUUUCUGAAGUGGUUUUGGACGCUGGUAAACCGCUUCUGA